CCACCCCACCACCGCCACCUCGCCGGCUCCACGCAAACUCCGCCCGCCGCCCCAGACCCGCCGCCGCGGCAGCUCACCAGCUCCGGCGAUUCCAGACCAGCCGUUUCCUAACCCGGUGCCAGUGCCACGCACCCCGCCGGGCGGCGGGGAGGGCAGCACGGUCCCCUUGAAUUUGGGUUCGGCUAGGCGCGCGAUAUCCGCGCAUUGUACGAACCUGUAUCAGGAUCGUGUCUUGCGUCGCCUUUCUGUACUUCGGAGUCCUGUCACUAAAGUUGAAUCGUUUUGCCUCAGGAGGGGUCAAGGUGGGAACAACGAUCUGGGAGGGAAGAACCUGAGCAUGCUAGCCACUGGAUUAGGUCAGUGUUAAGUUUCCCCCUCACUCCUUCCAGUUUUAAAGCUUUCAGACUAUGCAAGUUACACCAUUUCCGCAUCGGUUUGGUACCCAAUACCGUGAAUCUGGAGGGGUGUGACAUCUGCAAGCACACAGUUACUACAAUACUACUGGUAGCUUUGAGCCAUGGAAUAUUUGACAGUCUGAGAUAGGGUCCAAUGAACGUCAAAGGAAAUACAGAGAAUAUAAGGUGCAACUGUUACUCCAUUCCUAUUUACCCUGAAUUCCACUAUCAUUUGAUCACAUCAAAAUCACACAAUAUCAGUUUUCCUCCAUUUUAAAUGGACCCUCGUCCUCCCAGUGGCUCCUCAUCAAAUUGUAAGAGUUGUCCAAAUGAGCCAUUGGGAAGGCCCAAUCCUAUGAACUUUCACCACACACAAUUUCCACACCAUGUGUCGUUUUCACAACCAUCGCAUUCCAUGAACUUCCCCCAUCAUCAAUAUCCACAGCAACACCUAUACCCACCACAUGUCCAAUAUGUUGUUGUCCAACCACAAUAUGGUCCUUUUUCACUACCACAACCUCCACCUUCCAGGGCUAUGUUGACACCACCACCACCUCCACCUCCACCAGCUGGAGUUAUACCAUUACCAUUACCAUCAUCGCCACUUCCACCUCCACCUGCUGGAGUGGUACCAUUAUCAGUGUCAGAGUCAGGCACCCCACAUUCAGUAACUGGUCCGGAUGAACAAGACAUUUUUAGUGUAGGCAAUGACAGGAAUGCUGAACCUGAUAGAACCUCUAGGCGACUGAGUUGGACAGAAGUGGAGAACUUAAGAUUGGUUAGUGCUUGGUUAAAUAGUUCCAGGCGGAGUAAUUCCAAGAAGUAUUUCUGGGCAAAUGUCGUGGGUGUGUAUAAUAGGAACACCCCGAAAGAUCGGAAACGGACACUAAUGCAAUUAAAGACCCACUGGCAGAGGAUUAAUACGAAGAUCGCCCACUUCUAUGAUUGCUGGUGCCGAGUUGAGGCAAAACAUUCCUGUAUCCAGUCUGAGAAAAUGCAACUGAUGGACAAAACAUGGGCGAUGUAUAAUGAGGAAGCACGGGAGAUGUACCUUGAGGAAGCAAAACAUCAUUUCGCCCUCAGCCAUUGUUGGAAAGCUGUUUGGGAUCAACCCAAGUGGAAAAGACACGUCUCUUCUUUAUACUUCAAGAAAACUGAGUUGUUUGAAUCUGAGGACUGCACAUCAUCCUCCGAAGAUGCACCUGAAACGGAAACAGGUGAACAGGGUAGCGUGCCUGCAAAGAAGAAACACAAAGUUAAUGGUAAGGUGUCAUCUCCUCCAUCAGAGUUGCAAGAAGACAUUCAGUGCUCAGUGGAUCCUGAAAACAUGAUUGAGAAGAAUCUCAAGGAGAUGACAGAGGCAGAGCUUCAGUGCUCUGACCGAGAGCUUGAGCUGGCCAGAUCGAAUCAGCUGGAAAUGAAGGACAAGGAAAUGGUAAUAUCUGAAAUGCAAACAGAUCUGUUGAUGGCUGACACAUCAAGGAUCCAUGAGUUUCAGCAUGGAAGAGAUAGACUGAUGGUUGACACUGCAAGGCCUAAUGAGUUUCAGCACGGGAGUGCUGUGAGGGAAGAUGUGCCUGAAAAGAAAACACAUCCACAAUGUCACAAAACGUUAGACCAUGCAGGGACAGUGAGAGGUGAUAUUCCUGAGAAACAAACAUACCCACGAGGUUCAAAGAUGUCAAAUUUCAAGCGGAAACGCAAAGGGAACGCAUCAACUCCUCCCUCAGAAGUUCAGGAAGACAUUAAACGUGCAGUGGAUCUGCAGGCCAUGCUCCAGAAGGACCGUGAGAAGAUGUCGGAGGUGCAGCUCCGCCUAUCGAAAGAGAAGCUUGAGGUAGCCAGGUUGAAGCAGCAAGAAGCAAAGGACAGGAAGGAAACGACACUCUACGAGAAGUAUACGGAACUGUUGAUGGCCGACACUCAGAGGUUUGAUGAGUUCCAGAAGGAAGAGCACCGAAAGGCAGUAAAGUGCUUGGGGGAGAUGCUGUUUGUUAACAAUGGCAUGCCACUUUCUUCUAGUAACCUUAAGCACAUGUAGUGGAUGUCUGAAAUGUUAUAUCUGAACUUUGAAGCAUUUGCACUUGGUUUCAUUAAACACCUGUAGUGAAAUGUUAUCUUCUUGGGAGCCUGAGUGUACAGUUGCGAAGUGCCGCUGGCCGGGGCUCGAACCAAGGUGACCCUUUUCAAAAAGGAAAAAAGAAGUUAUCUUCUCUGAGAUGGGCGUCAUUUAUGUAUGAAUAUUGUUUCUAGUCGGUGUGGCACCUGUUUCUCCUGGCAAGAAUCCUGAAAAUUGUGCACGAAUUGAGUCAUGGGCUGGAGGAGCAGAUCAGCAGACCAAAACCAAGUGCAUGUGCUCCGUGUGGUGCUUGCUCCCUGCAUGAUAGCAGCUCAGUCACUAACAUGGUUUAUCCUUGUUUAAUCCGUCAGUGAGAAGCAGAUUUCCAGGAGGCCAGGAGAUCAACAAUUUGCAGAGAUAGGGGGGAAAGAAUUAGACUCCCAUAUGCAUCAGCAGAAAUGGAUCGAUAACUCACAGCUUAUCAGGAUUUACAACUCAAAGCAUCAUCACGUGCUUCAUAACAAGGUGAUACUUCAUACCCUGAGCCUUGGUACUUGCAUGCCAUGAUGUGAACAUGGAGAUUGGAGAUGUUUCAUUUCCUCGUUUUUCAGAGAUGGGAGCAGGCUCCUAGCAAUGGAGAUGAGAUGAAUUAUGAGUCGUGUCAUCUCUGGAUUGACUACCUGUUGCUGCUAAGUGAGCUCCCAUGGGCAAUAAUACAUGGUAGCUAGUCACCAUUGUCCAUUGUAGAGAUGGUAUCCUUGACACAAACAGAGGGAAACAAAGGACGAGCGUGGAGACACGGAAAUCAAAAGGAACAGUUGCUGUCACUGGGGUUAUAAAUUAUUCAAAUGGGUCGACAUUUGAAGCCUUGAAUUUCGAUGGUUGCAAACUUGAAUGAAUUUAUAUACACAAAGUAAAUAUUCGAUGGUCACAAUUAAAAAAACAGUGAAUAUACAUAAACUGUGUAGUUUGAGCUUUUCAA